GGAAAGGGAGAAAAAAAACCUUCCUGUUUUUCUAAAUUAAUGAGGUUACUUUAUAAAAAUUGUGGGAUAACAUUUUUGAAAAUAAAAUCUUCCUGCCAAGAUUUCAUCCCUAACUUCCCCCCCUCAUAAUUCUGAUAUAAUUGUCUCAUUAAUUCAGAAAAACAAGGCAAAAAAUCUUAAUUAUCUCUGACAGGGCAACCAUUGGAGCCACAUUAAAGAACAAAAAGAUCUAAGAAUGAAUUUAAUUUAUUCUUUUUUUCCACAUUUUUAUGUUCGGUCAGUUAUUUUUUUUCUUGAGGGCAAAGUCUGGUAAAAUUAUAUUUAAAGUAAUUAAUUUAGUUUAUGAUUAGCAGCAUAAUACUGCUUUGAAGGGGGGUGCCACAUAGCUCAGCUUUUUGCACAAUUUUUUUAAGCCUUAAUAUCUAGAAAGUAAUUUUCUCACAAGAUUAUCUCUGUAAGAAAAUGAAUGAAAAAAAAAGUUCUUAAAAACUGAAUUUAUAUUUAAAUCUUUUUUUAAAUUCAAAGUCUUUGCACAUUUUAAUCUUAAACAGGGCCCCAAUACUCUGUUGUAAUUACCUAAUCAAUUAAAGGAAGAAAAAAAACAGCCUCCAUUAUUCUAAUAGGGGUGGAUUUCUUAUCAAAGUGCCUGAAUCAGGCUUUAGUAGUAUGAUAUUUACAACAAUAAUACAUUACAAUGUCACACAACUCCUGAACCACUUUAGAACUUUGAGAAGAAGCACAACACAAUAAAAAAAGCCAUCUUGUUCAUUUAGUUCAUUGUGAGAAUGUAAAUAUAAUGACUCUUAUGUGUAGGGGGCAGUGUUUGCCAUUGGGCGAAGUUUAUUAGGAGAAGAAGAAAAUUUCCCGUCAUGCAGCUCGGCGCGCGGAGUUGGAGUUCUGUACGACCUGUUAUCGAUAAUGUAGCCAGUUUUAAGACCUAAAUUUCAAUCAUAGUUUACUCUCUGCAGUUGGUUUCUACACUUGAAAAGACACGGUUACUUCGCUCAUUAGUUUGUGAAGUGAACCUCUAAAACAGCGGACCUGUGGACGGUUAAAACAGCCAGCCACCUGAUUUUAUGUUCAAUUGACACACGUCCAGUUUUCUUCUGGUUUUUCUGUGUUGAACCGAUUACGUCGAGGUUUCAGGGGUCAGGUGGUCUGUGUGGAUAGAGGAUGAGCAGCCCCAGUCCGAGCAGUGAGACCUCCAGACCAGCAGACCUGUUUGAGGAUGUAUGGAGGCAGCUGCUGGAGAUCCAUCAAAAUACACUGCAGGGUAAUUGAGCCAGGAUGAGUACACCUGAAAGACCUUUAGUGAACCCCUAAUGCUGAUUUCUCUCCUCUGUCCUUAUUUUAGAGCUGGAGGCCAAAGUGAAGAAGCUGAAGAAGGAGCGCUGUCUGUACGUACACUGAUAUAAAACCUGAAACAGCAGAGUAUUCCUGAAUGAUAAAAUUGAGCCUUGUCUCCAGUAUCUACCUGUCAUUGUGCCUUUUAUUCCUGCAGAGAUGCUCAGAAACUUGAGGUGUUUUUCAAUCGCAACCAGCAGCUAAAGGAGCGAAACAAAAACCUGCAGGAUGCUGUCAUUCACCUGGAGGAAAGGUAACUCAAUUAUUCAAAUUCAAAUGGCACUUUUAAUAUAAAAAUGCAAUUCAAAGUGCCUCAGAGGCUAAAAACAACAAUAACGACAAUAAAACCUGACCCUCCCACCCACACACACACCCAUGGACCCACACGCACACAAGGGCACACACCCACCCACCCACCCUCACUCACUCACUCACUCACUCACCAACACACCAACACAUACACACACACAACCGCACACAGUGUAAGAAUUUAAGAUAUACUGUUAGAGAGACAAGGCCUGACACCGAGACAUCACCUGAGGAAAGAACUACCUCUGGGAAACACUGGAGAUAAAAAAAUGUAGAUAAAAAUGGUGAAAAGAAAGACUAAAACCUGAUGGACUAAAACAAGAAAAUAAUAUUAAUUGAACAGAUAAGUAAAAGCUCUUUACCAUAUAUAAAAAAUGGGUAAAAGAUGUAAAAACCUGUGACUGUGGAAUUAAGAAAAAGACUAAGAACAGAGAUAAUUAAUGAAAUGACAUAAAAUAAACAAUAAGAACUUCUAUUAAAAUGAACAUUUGCAAUAAGAGAAAUAUAAAAAGGCAAUUAGUAAAAAGCCUGGUUAAAAAAGUGAGUCUUGAGCCUCUUCUUAAAAACAUCAACAGUCUCUGCGGCCCUGAGGCUCUCCGGCAGGCUGUUCCACAACCGGGGACCAUAAAAACUGAAAGCUGCCUCCCUGUGUGUUUUCGUUUUAACUUUGGGUAAGGUUAAAAGGCCUGUGCCGGAGGACCUCAGGGUCGGCAAGGGUUGAUAUGAUAAAAGUAAGUCAGAUAAAUUAGAGGGGCCAAGACCAUUAAUACAACUAAAAACUAAUAAAAGAACCUUAAAAUCCAUCCUGAAAUGGACGGGGAGCCAAUGCAGCGACGCUAAAACUGGCGUUAUAUGCUCUCGCCCUCUGGCCCUCGUCAGCACUCUUGCAGCUGAAUUCUGUAAAAGCUGAAGUGUAUGUAAAUUAUAAAAUUAUUAUACAAGUUAACUUAUUUCAAAAAGAGUGGCACACGGACCAAAAACUGUGUUUUCUGUUUCAGGCUGCGUUCAAGAGAGUGUGAACAAUGUGCCGUCUUAAAAGAGGAUCUGAAAGACAACAAGGAGGAGCGUUUACAUCUCAUUAACAAACUGAGUGAGUCUUUUUUCCUUGUAAUUAAACAUCCAGAGCUGUGGUAACUACAGUUUUACACACUCACUGCCCUAAUAAAUAAUCAGAAAUGUAAUAAAAGUGACAAUACUGUGUGUCCUUAUUUUAUAGAGAAUGAAAGAAACAGUCUGGAGGAAAAAAACAGAAAACUUCAAGCUGAAGUGGAGAAAUUGAGGUCAUUUUGGUAAGUUUUUAUCUUGUGUUACAGUUGUGUCUCAGCUUCUCUUUGGCUUAAGAGAAAUCCUAAAGUUAGCUUGAAAGUCUUAAACAUUUAUUUCCACAGUUUUUCUGUCAAAGUCUAUUUAGAAAACUCCAAAUACUGUAUGUCUUUUUGUUAAACCACACUGCUGGUGGUUCCUCUUCUGCUUUCUCUAAAAGUGUCCCCCCUGUGACAUUAUGGGUGUAUUUAUGUCAUUACAAUUUCUUUAACAUUGUUGCUUUGCACAUGAAGAAGUAUUGAAGUACAGUUUCAGUUCCCAUCAAGCACUGCAGGUGUUUUUUUCUUUAUAGCUCAGGGCCACAGCAGACCUCAUCACCAGAACAUGAAGAAGGAAUCAUCCCAGACUCGCCGGUCCUGCACAGCUCGCUGCCUGCUGCAAACAAACUGAGGAAACGCAAAAAUGUGGCCAAAGUUAAACAUGUUCGUUAUGCAGAGAUGCCUCUACCACAGUCCAGCAGCUCGCUGUUCAAUGGUCAGUCUGAUCCAGAGAGACUGUCAGACUUUUUAAUGCUCAUUUAUUUCUUCUUCAUCUGAAGUCUUCUUAUGUGUGUUCUGUUUAAAGAACCGAGUAAAGAGCCCAGAAAACUAGAGGUGCUUGUCCCCAAUACAUGUCAACUGGAGACAUCCCAGACCUCAAGUAUGACCUCUUCCUCUCCACGCCAGCAACAUUAUCAUGCAACAAAUACAUGUCAAAUCUCAGGCAUAUCAAACCUAGAGUUGUUCAUUUUUAAAAACAUCCUCAAUAAGCAUGUGGUAACGUUAAUCUGUGGUAUUCUGGCCCAUCCUAUUAGCCUAAAUCACACUGUGGGGCAGCACAGAGAUGCGCUUAUGUAAAUUUACUCUGUGACGUCAGAAUAAACUCUAGUGUCAGUUCAGACCUCCUCUCGACUCUAAAAUGCCUCUGCAGCCCAUGAGACGCACGAUAGAGUUCUCUGAGGAUUAGGGUUUUGUUAUUUGACGUGUAAGUGUGUUGUGACUUUCUGUUUUCUGUCUAUUUUCAGACGAUCAGAAUCAAAAUAUGGAAAUGGAAAUCGCAGAAACCUGCGCCUUUGAACUCUCAGAGAAGCCUUACAUGGUAAGUGUACUUUGUACUGGUUAGGAAUUUUAUUCAUAUGAAAUAAAAAGCUUUAGAAAAGACAACACUGUAUGAAGAUCACAUACUCACUAGUUUCUGUAUAAAUAAACUAAAAUUACCUUAAAGUGACACAGAGAUGAAAGAAUCACAGACUGCUGCAUUUUUUUAGAUUAGUGUUCAAAAUUACACUUGAAGAAAAUCAAAACUUUUUCAACAAGAAAAAAUAUCAGUCAACUUGAACAAAAACAAAAAAAGUUGUUUGAAUACUGCAGAAUAUUCAAGUUAAGAUUCAGAUAGAUGGACUAAACAUUGAAACAGUUCAUGAAAUCAUAUUUCUUGGGGUUACAGCAGGUACAAGGAGCAUCACAAUACAAAAUCAAAAAAGUUAAGAUUUUAAGUCAGGAUGAAAUCUUCAUAUCAAAUGUAUAAUUAAGAAAAAAAGCAACAUGAUCAGGCAGACAGGGAUAGGAAAUUAAAAAAUUGGAAUCUAAAAUGGAAGCAAAAACAGACACACUUAACCACUCCACAUCCUCUGUUGUUCAUGGUUUCACUUUAUUUAAGUUACAGUGUAGAGAGUUUGAGGUUAUACUUACAAAUGUGCAAGAUAUUAACUAUUUAUUCUCCUAAACCAAGCACUUUAUAUUGUUCAUAAUGCUGGGAAUCAGGAUAAAAGAAAGUCUUUAUUCCCACAAAACAUGAAUAUUUAAAGAUCUGGUUGGAUUUCUCACAGCAUGAGUAAUGUUAAAGCAAAAAUUAAUAUCAAGGAAUAUUAAAAAAUGUUCACUGAAAGAGGGGAAAGUUUUAUUUAUUUUUCAUUUCUAUUUCAGUAAAACUACAGAACAGUCUUGGGAUUUCCUCUGUUUUAAGUUGUACUAAGAGAUCCUGUCUGAAAAAGUGCCAUACUUUAAAAGUGUACGUUUUCUACAUUAAAUUUACACUUGGACAUCUAUUAACCUUCAUCUAUAAAUUCCAGAAUAUUUCCAUCUACUGUCUUUUACAGUUUUGCUGAAACUUAAUAGUUCAUUGAGUAUAAACAUACAGGCUUAUUUCACUCUCUGAAUUGUGUAAUUCUAGUGAUCUUUUUCCUCUCCUCAGAAAACUGAAACAAAGACCAGCCAGCACAGCAGCUCCAAAACACCUCGAAUGUUUGAAAUUCAUUUAAAGUAAGAAUAAAAACAGUCAGGAUGAGUUUGUUUGUUUUUUGUGAUUUUUUUUUUCCUGGGAGAAUCACCAGGAGGAUUUUUAAUUAAAAAGUUAGUUAAAUGCCAUUUUGUGUAGAAUAUAUUGUAUAUACAUUUACCUACAGCUUGUGCUCACUACAGAGGUAGAGAGACAGAAAUGCCUGUCACUGAAAACCCCUCUGAUAAAAAACUUAAUCAACCUGCAGACCUAGACUGACCCUCAGUGCAGACUCCACCUCAGGACGAUCCCCAUCCCUGUUUCCGCGGGUCAAACGCCUUUCAGCGGAAGACUCUGCUAACAGAGUGAAGAGGAAGAAGGAGAAAGAUGAGCUUGAGGAAGAACCAGGAAAACAGCCGGGGCCGAUCAAACAAAGUGCUUCACCUUUAAACUGUCAGAGCUCUAAGGAGACUCUGGACAACAAGGUGAAAGAUACUGUAUGUCUGUUAGUCCAGUUUAAUGGCUGAUGUGUUUUGUUUUUUCUGCAUCUUUCGAAACAAAAAAUAAUUGUGUCUUCAUCUGCCUGAUAUUAUAUGUUUGUCAUUUGUCAGAGUGUGACAGAAUUAUUCGCCUUCUUGAUUUUUAAAUCGGUUUGUGGUUUCUUUCACAGGUUCAGUCAGCGCAGAGUCAGACUUCGAGCCUCAAGCCAAGUGUUUCCCAUGUCAGUCCUGAUUUUAAGAAACCAUUAGCUCUUCAUAAGUGGAACAAAGGCAGUGUCGGUAAGAACCAAAACCGCAGACCGUACCUGAACACAUCACAAAACUUCAGACUUUCUCUACCAUAAUUUCAACUUUCUGUCUCAUAGCCAUGAAUAUACUAUGAUAUUUUAUCUGAAUGAAGCUGAAGUUUGUUUCAGAAUUGGACUUUUAUCAUAAUUUCAACUCUUUGUCUCACAAUUAUGACUUUAAUCUCAACUAUUUAACUUUUUAUCUCAUAGAUAUGUCAUUUAUCAUAAUUAUGUGACCUAAAUCAAUUUUUAUCAGAAAUUUUCUGACUUACCAUCAACUUUUUAUCUCCUGAUUAUUUUAUAAUUAUGACUAUUAUGCCUUUAAAUAAAAUCAGUGCUUAUUAUUCUUCUUGAUCUUAUAGCUAUCACCUCGAAUUACUAAUACCUUGAAAAGAUUACUUUAAAUCAUACUAUAACAGCAUAAUUUUGACUUUUUCCCAUAACUUAUUAACUGUCCAUAUUAUCUCAUAGUUAUUAUUUAUUUUAUUUUGUGAUUUUACCUUUUUUAUCUUGUAAGCAGAGAUUUGGUCCUAUUAUUUUACUUCUUAUCUUACAUUUGUUGCUUUUUAUUUUUAAACCUCUGACAUUUUAUUCUUGAACUCCAACAUUUUCCUUGUAAUGGUGACUUUUUUUUAUCUGAUAAUUUUAGUUUAUUUUUCCAAAUACAAGAUUAUUUUUAUAUUGCUAUGUCCUCUGUCCCUCUGAGAAGAAAAGAAGCCUAAAGUGGAGUCCAUGUGGAGCAUUGACCCGGCGCUCGCUCUGUCCAUGUAUGACAGCGAGUGUAGAGGAGAUGAGGUGAAGUCACAUGACCUGAAAUACUGAAAAUAACAGUUAAAAAGUUCAUCACAUGUCUGGUACCAGCUGUAGAGCCUCUACCUGAUAUUUCUGUUUCUGCCAGUGAAGAAUUUUGUUUGUUUAUUUUGGUGAAUUUACAGAGAAAUCCUGAUUAUGUGAAAGGCCUGAAUAUAUGAAGUGAUGCCUGAUGUUUGAGUGACAUCUGUUCACCUUUCACCAGCAGGAGGAAGAGGAGGAGGAGUGUCAAGGAGAGCUGGUGGACACAGACAGUACCUGGGUCAGUCACAGUGUGCUGCAGCGACGGGGCCAAACAGACAGCGUGUCUGGUAAAUACAACCAACUACAAACCAAAUGGUUUCGGAAUAAAAAACAUCUAAUCUCAAAAAUAUCAAAGUCUGUAGCUGUGGUAUUAACGUCUCACCUCUACUUUGACACAGCUUGUUUGUCAAUUGUCAAAAAUCCCCUUUUUAUGCUGUUGAACAGGCAGGAUUUCAAAAUGAGACAAAAUGUGAUAAAGUUUUAUUGGUCUGCUUUUGAAGGUCUGGGGGAGAAAGCAAACGACAGUCUGGAUAUGAUGUUUGACACGACAGCUUAUGGAGAUUACAAGUCUUUCAGCAGCCAACACUUAGGCCAGAGCCAGCCCUGUGAUGAAGAAGAUGAAGAUGAGGCAGAAGAAAAUGAAAACGAUGAUGAUGAUGAUGAUGAUGAGCACGAUCCUGAUGAAACCACUCUGAGUCAGAUUAGAGCACAAAAAAACGGGUACCAAACACAGUCUCUCUUUAAGAGUCCAAAAAACAGGCAGCUGUGGUUGUUUUUUUGGAUGAUAUGGUUAACAGCAAAGAUAUGUUGUUAUUUCUCUUAAACUAUGUUUUCUCUCUCCGGAUUAGUCGCCCAGGGUUUGCUCAUGUGGCGGUGAUUCGAAAGAAGGAAGAGAGGAGGAAACUGAAGGGAACCACCUGUAAAGAAUGUGAAAUUGUAAGUGUUUCAACCUAAAAGCUGAAUAAAAUUGAAGUUUUAUUACUGCACUUACUGAAAUGAUCUUAUAUCCAACAGUAUUACGCUCAUCUCCCAGACGAGGAGAAAGAGAAAAAGCUUUCUUCGUGUUCGAGACACAGAUUUCUGUAUGUUCCUCCGUGUACUCCUGAAAACUUCUGGGAAGUUGGAUUUCCAUCCACUCAGACUUGCAUUGAUAGAGGUAACUUGACAUUUUUACAUUACACUGAUAGUUUUAAACGUAUUUUUAGUGUUUUCACACCAGAGUUGUCAGAUUUUAAAUAUAUUGGGGUCCAAAUGACAAACUGGCAUCAACAGUUUCAAAAUGUCUGCAGUAGAUUUGUGUCUCCUGCAGCAGUUUAACAAGCUAGACCAGCAGCUAAUAACAAACCAUACCAGGCUUUCAGCAUCACUUCUGUCUCAAAAAAUUACAACAUUAUUCUCAUAAAUUCUAGACUUCGAUUCUUAUAACUAUUCAUUUUAUAACUUCUAUAACAAUUUUUUCCUUAAAUGUACAACUUUAAUUUAGCUGAUUUUCAAAUUUAUUCUCAGAAGUUUUUUACAACUUAGUUCCUGUAAUUAAUGAUGUUAAUCUUGUUAACUCACUUUUGAUAAAGAAGAAACAAAAAUCUAAGUAUAAUCAUAAUAAUUUAUGUAAUUAAUUUAUAAACUCAAUUAUAAUUCAUAACUUAAUUCUCAUAAAAUGAUGACUUCUAUAUUUUUGACUCUGGCCAAGUUAGUUUCGAUGUUUCUUAAGGUAGCUACAAUCUUCUUUCUUGAAUGUAAAACUUACAUUUAAAUGACUUACAGGUUUAUUUUUAAGGAUAUGCUUUUUCACUGUUUUUCUGUACAUUUACUGUUGUAAUCUUGUUAAUCUACCAGUUUAUUCUUGUACAUUUAUUAUUCUCAUAAAUUUAUACUUUUUCUUGUCAAAUUACAAAUCAAUUAUAUAAUAUUGUAAUAUAAUUUUGUAAAUUAGAAUCUAUAAUCUUGCUGGUUUCUGAGUUAUUUUUCCAUUAAUAUAAAGCUGUAAUCUUGUUUAAUUACUAGUUUAUUAUUUUUCUUUGUUUUGUCUUUUUGUGGUUGUAAUAUCAGGACUUUGUUUUAGAACUACAUUUUUCUUUAUAUUGUGGCUCAAAUGUGGCUCUGAUCCUCUGUUGUAUGUUAUCUGUUCAUCUAAAACAACCUAAAGUAAGGCCCAGGUUUGAAAAUAACUGUCUGAUUUUCAACUUGUUGAAAUCCAGUGUUGGUCAAUCAGAACUUUUGAGAAACACUUUUGGAUCAUUCUGACAUUGUCUGUUUAUUUUACUGUCCCAUAAAACUUUGGUUCAUCUCUCUAUCAUGAUCAUAAUUUUGCUUCCAGGUUACAUCAGGGAGGAGACAAGUCCUCAGUCUCGUACUCGGAGACGACAGCCGUAUAACGCCUUAUUUUCCCCGAAGAGAAAACAGCAGGAGAGCAACAACAGUGUGUCUUUGUAGGAUUGUUUAAAUUCAGCAGAGCCUUAAAACACUUUUUACUGUGGAAAAUGAAGCUCUCUGUUU